AUGACGUCGCCUACGGGUCUCGGCGCAACGAUAAUCGCGGUUUGUGUGUCGCUGACUGUUUUGGCGGGUUUGUUUUUGGGUCUCAGGUUGUAUUGCAAGGUCAUUCGGCGUCGGGGGUUUUGGUGGGAUGAUUAUAUCUUGAUUGCGGCGUGGAUCUGCCUCGUGAUCGGCACUGGUCUCGUCAUCUUCAACGUCACCCUCGGUUUCGGCAAGGACCAGUCAGAGGUUGAUCCAGCUGUCGUACCGACAAUCGCUCUUACUGGAACAAUAUUCGGCAUAUUCGGAGUUCUAUCUGCAGCAUGGAGCAAAACGUCAUUCGCCCUGACACUGAUACGACUGGUUGAUGGCUGGACGAGCUGGUUUCUAUGGUUUCUCAUCAUCGCGACGAACAUCGCCAUGAACUUGGUCAUUGUGUUCUCGUUUGUGAAGUGUACACCCGCCAGAAAGGUCUGGCAUUCAAGUUUGCCUGGAGCGUGUUGGAAUCCUAUGGUUGCAACAUACUAUAAUAUCUUUGCUGGGGCUUUCUCAGGCUUAGUUGACCUUAUACUCUGUGUCAUUGCCUGGACUAUCAUUUGGAAACUCUCUAUGCGGACCCGAGAGAAAAUUGGCGUUGGGAUUGCUUUGACCUUUGGCAUCUUUGCCGCCGCCGCCGCUGCUGCGAAAUGCUACAAAAUGCUUGGCCUCAGCAGUAAGAAUCGAACUCUGGACCGAGUUGGAAUCAUUAUAUGGAGUACUACCGAGUGCGCAGUCACCAUCAUGGCAGCAUCAAUCCCCGUCAUGCGCAUACUUGUGUUGCGUGUCUACCGUCGAACGCCGAAUCAAAUCUCGAAUCGACCGCUACGGACUCUUCGUAUAAUCAGUACUGUAGAUAAGAGAGCCUCGACAAACAACACAAUGCCAAGCUAUAACACAGAAGAAGGUACAAAUAUGCUGACCGAAGACGCCCUACGAGACUUUAGCCUACCGUCACGGAUAGCAUCAGCAAGGCAGAAUGAUAUAGGUCUAUUUGAUGUCAAUAGACAGAGUUAA